CAGGGUAAGGGCGGGUCUUUGCGUAACUCGGAUGGGAAUAACAACGGGUCGUCAGCUGGUUCAGUUUGCCAUUGAUAUUUAUUAGAGAACGCUUACACAGUUUGACACCAAGCUGUGAUUGCAGUCACCCUAAUGGAAGCCUUAAAGGAGAGCAUAGCGUUUAAAGGCGUUGCGGAGAGACUGACUCUCGGCAUUACACGAAUACUCGAAAACAUGCCAGGUGUAGUCGAUGUGCGUUUCGCAGAGAGGGAGCCCGCAGAGAAGAGGAGCCUGCUGUCAUGGGAACAGAAAAACAACUGUAUUUUGCCUGAGGACCUGCGAGAUUUCUAUCUGACCACAGACGGUUUUACUCUGACCUGGAGUGUUAAACUCGACAAUGAAUGUGUUCCGUUAGGAUGCAUGAUGGUGAACAGUGUGGCCAGACUGUGCCCGCUGCUCCAACCAGUGUCUAUUUUCUCUCUGCCUAAUGCACCCUCACUUGCUGACCUGGACUGGGACGAAAGUGACGCUCAAGACGGGUCAGAGUCAUCACCUGCUGCUCCCCAUUUUGAUUCCCGGAGCCGUAUCUUUGAACUGGAUUCGUCUGGUGGGAAUGGCAAGGUGUGCCUCAUCUACAAAAACUGCACCCCAGGGAUAGUGGCUCAACAGAGUGAAAUCUGGUUCCUUGAUCGCUCUCUGUGCUGGCAUUUCCUGACGGCAACAUUUACCUCAUAUUACCGACUCAUGAUAACCCACCUGGGCCUUCCUGAGUGGCAGUAUACCUUCACCCCAUAUGGCCCAAGCCCUCAGGCAAAGCAGUGGGCAUCCCUGUACCAGCCACUGACCCUCAGCAGUGAGCCCAGCCUGGCUGAUCCUGCAGGAGAUUCUUAUUUCAACAAGCUGGAUCCAACCAGGGCCUUCAGAGGCAAAGUCAAAGCACCCGCCCCAAAGAAGAAGCAGUCGGCACAGUGCAGCAGUGCAGGAAACAGUGCCAAGAGCCAGGGAAGCACAGGAAGACAGAGUGGGGCAAAGCGGUGA